AUGAUGUUCAAUGAAGCCGACGAAAAUUAUGACCCAGUUCUUAUUGAAAGUAUUAUUGACUUCGACCCUAAUACAAUGUGUAUUGAACAAGAGCCAAGUGAUAUUAUUAAUACGUUGAGCGGAUGGUUAUCUGAUAGUAUAUCAUCGCACAUAGACAUAGACUCAAUUGAUAGUUUUUCAGAUCACUCCGAAAUAUUUUCAUUCGAAAUUCCCCUAAAUAGAAAAGAAUGGCUUGUUGAAGAUUUAGCAUCAAAGCGUCAACGGUCUCCACGUCUAUUCGAAUUUCUUAUUCUUCUCCUCGGUAAACCACAAUACAAACCCUUUGCAUCAUUCAUAGACAAACCCAAAGGUAUAUUUCAAAUUUAUCAGCCGGAAAAAGUUGCUGAACUAUGGCAAGCAGUCAAGAGUCGACAAUCAAAUCAACGAAUGACUUACGAUAAAUUCGCAAGAGCCAUCAGAUGGUACUAUAAAUCAAAUAUUAUGCAAAAAACAAAUACUCGUUAUACAUUUCAAUUUUCGUCGAAAACAUUAAAAAAUUAUUUCGUGGAUGAAAAUAAUAACACCAAACUGAGUCUUCAUUCAUAA